AUGAAUUUCUCUACAUUACGUAUCAGAUCAUCACCAAAUUCAAUGUUUAAGAUUAUUAAGAAGCUUAUUUUUGAGCAGAAGAAAUGUGUGAAAGAACUUGGAUUUAAAAGUUUAUUGAAGUUGGAAAUUGACGAUUUACCUUCAAGACUUAGCUAUUAUGUUGUUCAUAACUUUGAUUAUCAAAAGAUGAUAUUAAAAGUUAUGAACAAUGAAAUUAAGGUAGAUAGUCAAAGUGUAAAUGAGAUGUUAGGAAUUCCAAUUGGAGAAAAAGAAGUGGACCAGUUAUUGUAUGUUGACCAUGUUGAAUUUGAUGGGCAAUAUGCUGCUCGUCUACGUCCAGCAAUAAAAAGCUGGAAUUCUCACAAAUUGAGUCAGAGAGAAAAGCGUGAGAUUGAAGUUGGGAUGUUUGGAACCGGAAAGGAUUACUUGUCAAGUUUGGGAAAUUUGUUUGAAUCAAUUAAUGUGAAAAAGAGUAAAAUGUUGAUGAAACUUAAGGAGGCUCUUUUGAAAUAUCCAAGUGAUGAAUAUUUGAAAGAAUGGAAAAACAUAUUAUUUGAUUUUGUUUUUGUUCCCAAAGAUUUUUUUGAGGAAGACACGAUGGAGAAUUUAAUUGAUAAUUUUGAACAUAUUGAUGGACAAACUGUUCAGCAUUUAUUGGGAAGAGAGCAAAGUCAACAUGAGCAAAUAGAUGCCGAAUUUGAUCCUGAUGAAUUUUUGGUGAACAAGAUAGAUUGUAAUUUUAAAGAGGGAGUUGAUACAAUUCAAGAAUCUUUUGCAGUUGAUACACUUCAAACAUCUUCUGCAGUUGAUACACUUCAAACAUCUUCUGUAGUUGAUACAAUUCAAAAAUCUUGUGCAGUUGAUACAAUUCAAACAUCUUCUGCAGUUGAUGAGAUUCAAACAUCUUCUGCAGUUCAUACAAUUGAAACAUAUUCUGCAGUUGAUACAAUUCAAACAUCUUCUGCAUUUGUUCAAGAACAAUAUGCAAAAAAAUUAAAAUUUGUUUAUAACAAAAAUAGAAUUGUUGAUGUCAUUGUUGAUGUCAAAUCAGAAUUAACUCAAGAAGAAUUUAUGAUUUGUCAAUGGUUAUUUAAUCUUAAAGGAGAAACAAGUGUUAUUGACUCAUGGUCAGAUCUGCUAAAUCAUAUUGAGCUUCAAAAGAAUAAUCAGUCUUCACUAAACAGAGUUUUCUGCAAAACAGGAGUGACUAAAUCGACCCCAACCCGAAAGAUUGGAAACGACAGUUCCACCCACAACAUUUCGACCCAGGAGGGGCCGACCCAACUCACGGCCAACAUAAAUUCGGUUGUGGAUACGCCGACUGUUGUUGCACCACCCCCUGAGACGGGACUCCCACAGACAACAGCAGAGCUGGAACAAAUAAUUGCAGACCAUCUUGCGAUCGCUAUGACAAACACGGGAAGCGCAAAUGCAAGAAACCCCAUCGUUGAAGUUGAAGAACUCGAGGAUCGAAGGGUUUGCACCUAUAAGGACUUUAUGAACUGCAAACCCAAGUACUUCUAUGGAAACGAAGGUGUGAUCGGUCUCACCCGGUGGUUUGAAAGGAUAGAGUUGGUAUUUCAGAUCAGUUACCGUGCUGAAGAUAGCAAGGUGCGCUUUGCUGCCUAUACUUUCAUGGAUGCGGCACUAACUUGGUGGAACGACCAAGUUAAGUCACUAGGCAUUAUCCCUGCCAACUCUUUGACCUGGAGUGAACUGAAAACCAUGCUGAUAGAAGAGUAUUGUCCCAGAGAUGAAGUUCAGAAUCUGGAAAACGAGCUGUGGAACCUUAAGAUGAAAGGUUCAGACAUUAAAGCCUACACAACCAUAUUUAACGACCUCUCCUUGCUGUGUCCAACUCUAGUAACCCCUGAGCAUGUGAAGGUGGAACGUUAUAUUUGGGGUCUGUCUCCUAAGAUCAAGGGUAUGGUCAUGUCUUCGAGAUCUACAACCUUUGAAAGCGCCAAGAAUAUGGCUAAACGACUGACCAACAAUGAGGUUAGUCAGGGAAACAUGGAGGCUAGAGUUGAAACCCCUAAGUCUGAAUCAAACAAGAAAAGGAAAUUUCCUGAAAGAAAAUCAAACCCACCUAAGAAGCAAGAAACUAAGAAGGUCUAUGCGGCAACUCCAGCCGUAACAACAACACCUGCACCACAAAAGAACUACACAAACAAUUACCCAAAGUGUAACGUUUGCCAUAGAAACCACCUGGAGAUUGUUACCAUUGCACCCAGUGCAACAAGAAGGGACAUACUGAAAAUUACUGUAAGGAAGUUACGAGCACAGGAGGAAAUCGAAAUUUCGAUACCAGGGCCGGCAACGGGGAAGAAAGGACAUGUUACGACUGUAGGGAGAAAGGCCAUAUCUCACGAAACUGCCCAAAAGGGAAGAAUAAAGGUGGGAACGCCCGAGGGAGAGCUUUUGUGA